AUGCCCGCAAUCAUUGCUCAACUUGCUUUCACCGUACUGAGAACCGGAAAGGGCAUUCCCAGCGGAAGAGGCGGCGCCGAGCUUGGAUUACUGGGUGACGGGAAGCAGAGUACGAUCCGUGCCAUCGUGUCUGCAAUCACCAUAUCGCUCUUUCCUCCGCUGUUCUUCUUUUCUGCCCUAUUCUACACUGAUGUGGUAUCCACCUGGCUUGUGCUUAUGAGCUAUCAGUGCAUGCUCGUGUUGGGCGCCGUCUCCUUAUCCUUUCGCCAGACGAACAUCUUUUGGGUAGCGGUCCUCCCUGCUGGCUUGAGUGUGAUUCGGGAAUUGAAGAAAGCUGCACAAACUUUACGAAGAGACAACGGUCAAAUACCGAGAGCCUUCCUUGAGGUUGUGCGUGACAGCUGGGAGGCAUCGGGGGUCUAUGACAUUGCGGUUGAAGACGCUUCCUUCGAAGAUUACGUGAAGGUCGUUAUGUCCAUCAGUAUCGCAGCGGUCAAGAACAUCUCAAAAGUUACCACAGCCAUCGUCCCCUACCUCCUACUUCUCGUAUCGUUCGCAGGUUUUGUAGCGUGGAAUGGCGGCGUUGUGCUUGGUGACAAGUCCAACCAUGUUGCAACCAUACAUCUACCACAAAUGCUCUACCUCUGGCCCUACAUAACCUUCUUCUCCUUCCCGCUACUUCUACCUCACAUCCUCGCACCUCUCGUAUCUUUGUUCCAACCACGCAGGACCGAUUCCACGGGCAAAUCCCUAUUCUCGUUGACACCAGCAGCCUUCCUCCCCCGCACGUGGGUAUUCCUAACCCUGACCGCGCUCGCAAUGGCCACAGCCCAUUUCAACACGAUCAUCCAUCCCUUCACGCUAGCCGACAACCGCCACUACGUCUUCUACGUCUUCCGCAUCCUCCUUCGACACCCCGCCAUCAAGUACCUCGCCGCGCCAAUCUACGUCUUCUGCGGCUGGACCUGCGUUCGCGCCCUGGGUGCUCCGCCUGACCUUACGGUUCUCGGAGCCGACGCUCAGGCUGUUAGCAAACCAAGACCGGCAGCACGGCAACCCCGAGAAGCGAGAGCGAAGACGCCUGGCUGCGAUGUGAGCUUCGUCAUUGUGUGGUCAGCCACGUGUACGCUAUCGUUGGUUACAGCUCCACUAGUCGAGCCACGCUAUUUCAUCCUCCCGUGGCUGAUGUGGCGCUUGCACGUCCCUAUUGCCGGCGGGUACUCAGACUCCACCCCGCCUGCGGAGCCAGCACCGGCGUCGGAGAAGCGGUUAAAGCAAGAAUCGUUGAAACCGCCAGAGGAGCAGUCUCGGUGGCCUGUUAUCAUCCGAAUCCUGCGAGCAUUGCAAAUAAAUGCCGUUUGGCUCGAGCUGGCCUGGUUCCUGGUCGUCAAUGCGGUCACGGGGUAUGUGUUCUUGUACAAGGGGUUCGAGUGGCCUCAGGAACCGGGUCAGGUGCAGAGGUUUAUGUGGUGA